AUGGGUCGUGCAACUAGAACAAUGACUAGAUAGUCGAAAUCGCAAAGAACCUUUAAGAAGUUUUAGAGUCGUUAAGAGGAAAGUGAUAGAAAUCCAAGCAGUGCUUAGAUGGUCUCAAACAAGCAGCCUGAUUUGAAGCUAGUUCAACUUACUGAUGAAUAAGAGCGCAACAACAAGCUCAAAUUCGUCUAUGAGUUACCCAAGACACUGAAGGAGUUGAAGUAGCUUUUGAAAGAUCACUCUGAGGAUGAGCAGAAGAUUGUAGUAUAAAGAAUUAGAGAGUAUCAUAAUCCAGAUGCUAAUCCAGAUAAAUCAGAGUAGUUCAAAUUAUUCACAAUGAACCUUUUGAGGUACUAUGUCAAGUACAAUUCAAGCCAAGUUAUACUAAAUCACUUGAGAGAGCUUUGCUAUCAAGAUGGAACCAUUUUUGCAAGUUAUCUAAAGAAUAAAUUGAUUAAGAUUAUUGAGGGAGUAUAGCAAAUUAAGGAAACGCAUAGCGAUGAUGUUACAGAAAAUAUUUUGGAGUAAGUGAUAGAGACAUAGAGAGCAUUCAAUGAGGUGCUCUAAUGUCCUGAGAACAGUAAGUUGCUUGAUGCAUUGGAAUAGACAGUAGCUAAUAUUUAUUGCAUUUCUGAGUAUUUUAUGCCUUAAAAUAUAGAGUCUCUGUUUUUGAUUGCAGAAAAUGAUAUUAAGAUUACCUCUUAGCUGUAAAAGAAAUUCAACCCAGGUGUUAUUUAGAUUAUGCUAAAAUUAGCAGUAUUUCUAGGGAAGCAGGAAGCUAAAGCAGGCCUAGCAAAUAAAUACAAAAGUUUAUAUGAAAGUUUAAUCAGUAUUAUUAGAGAUUGCCAAGCUUCGUAGAUUAUGAUUAAAGAAAUAAAUAAGGCGAUUAGUAGUUCAAAGCUUUUGAGAAAAUCUUUUAAAAUUGAAAGUCUUGACCACAAAUAACUCUCUUAUUUAUAGCUAACUAAUAAAAAACUUAAGCCAUUGCCCUCUUACGCUCCGCUCAUUGAAGAAGAUUUCUUGCUAUUUAAAGACUUCAAGAUGAAGAAACCCCUGGAUGAGAAAACAAUGAAGAAAAAGAUGAAAAAAACUUAAAACGAUGCACUAAGAGAACUCAGAAAGGACACCACCUAGAUCCAAAUUCAAAGAGAAAAGGAGAUGCAAUACAAAAGAGAUCAGUUUAGAAAAACAGUAGUCAAGGCUGGCUCAAUUAAAGAAGAUCUUAAUUGA